UUAGACCAUAUUGAUUUUCAAUCGUUACUUAUUUACGAUUUAUAAGCAUCAGGAAUUGUUGCUUCAACUUUUCUUGGUUCAACUUUCAACAAUGGUAUCUAAGGUAAGGUUGGGUGACUAUUGUUACUGUUUCUUUUAUACAGAUAAUAGGCAGACAAAAAAAAUAACAGCAUAUACAAAAAUGGGCUUCAAUCAUUCAUGAGUUUUCUUCCAGAAAAUAGUUUAUUAUAAUCACUGUCAUUAUCAUUAGUUCACACUUUAUACCAGCCGUAUUUUUUGGAAUAGUGGUAAAUAAUAGACUAAUACACACAUUGUAAUUUUUAAUUGUAUUCAUCGUAUUGUAUGUUAAGAUAAGUAAAAAUACAAAGUUCAUGAAAAUUAUACUUUUAAUGGAAUUCGCUAUAUUUAGAAUCUGAGUCUGGUAAUACUGAGCACUUAUGAGAUUCUCGGUAUAGCACAUCCGAACAGCGCAUUAACUAACCCCCUACCCAGGACAUCUAAGUGGACAUAAAAAUCGAUCAGCUUGCACUGAAUUGUGAUGUAACAAUUCAGAUUAAACCUAUAAGAAGAAAUUAUUUUCUAAAACGAUAUAUACGAAUAAACUAUUACUGCCAAACGAUUUUUUAUAGAAAAAAAAUGAAUAAUGGUAUCGUGCUAUUAUUAUUUUUUUAAAUAAAAAUUAAAAAAGACCUUGUUUUGAAAUACCGUUUGUGUGUGAAUCUAGAAAUAGGUUAAACAAGUGACAGCAGGGCGCAUGUGCAUUUAUCGCGCACCAUCCUUGCGCAGUCCGCCCUUACUUCCCACACCCGCAAUACAGUCUAAUAACAACGUAAUUUAUUUCUUGACUUCGCCACAGAACACUUUACACCUUAAGUCUGUAUCCGAACCAGUACCGAUAAGAUGUUUAUAGGGUGUUAAGAUGCAGUUACUAAGCAGCAUAUGAGCAGAAUGAGACGUCACGAGAUGCAUUGCAAAGGGGUUGAGGGCGGCGGCAAGGAAGGCUCGCAAAUGUCCCGCAGCGAGUCCACUGUGAGCCGGUGUACACCUCACACUCCUCUCGGCCUGCCUGAUAGCGCCAGCGUCGACUCCAACCCCAUGCCCACUAUCUAUCGAUGUCGUGCUCCAAUUGCCUCGCUGGAUUGUAUGGACGAUUUUAGUGCGAAUUCACAACAAAUGCUGGAUCAAGCCGGAGAAGUAACUGUAACUCGUCACAUGUCGACUUAUAUGGGAAACCACACAGCGAUGCCGUCAGCGGUAACUCCUGGCUUGCGUUACAAGAACCUUGGAAAAUCCGGUCUAAGAGUGCCUAACAUCGGCUUAGGAUUGUGGACAAUGCUUAGUGAAGAAAGUAUCGAGGAUGUGGUAAUGACCGCUCUGGAAAACGGCAUCAACCUGUUCGACCUCUCUGAGGCUCAUUGCGCUGGCUUUGCUUUAACAGCUAAAGGCGAGGCGGAGCUGGGGAGGAUUCUUAAAAAACGAAAUGUUAGGAGGACCAGCAUCAUAAUUACCACAAAAAUAUAUUGGAGUACAAAGUUUCAUACUAAUAACAGGUCGGAUGAAAGAGGCUUAUCUCGUAAACAUGUAAUAGAAAGUGUUAAGGCUUCACUUGGUCGACUUCAAGUGGAAUAUAUUGAUGUUGUUCUCCUUCAUAAAGUCGAUCCUGUAUGCCCCAUGGAAGAAUUGGUACGUGUCAUGAAUUACGUCAUAAAUGAAGGAUGGGUUAUGUAUUGGGGAACGGCGCGCUGGUCACCUUCUGAGAUAAUGGACGCGUAUACAAACUGUAGACAGUUCAAUUGCAUAACGCCCAUAGUGGAGCAAACUGAGUACCACAUGUUUUGUAGGGAAAAACCUGAAUUGUACAUGCCUGAACUGUACCAUAAAAUUGGAGUCGGUAUGAUGGUGUGGUCAGCCAUUACGACAGGUAAAGGUUUGGGUCGCGAGGAGAUAACUGGCUUGUUCGCCAAAUCGCGCUUCAACAGAAAAUACAGUACAUUCAGCUGGUGCGAAGAGGAUUUAGCGGUACCUGAAAUGAGAAGUUCUGGAAGCAAAGAGCAAGUGACCGGUGAAGAACCAAGAACGUAUGGCGAUAAAUUACGCGACCUGGCUAAUUUAGCUAACUCUCUUAAUUGCUCGAUGAGUCAGCUUGCGGUGGCUUGGUGUUUGAAAAACGAAUCUGUCAAUUGCCUGCUCCUUGGAGCCACCAGUGUGGAACAGUUUAAAGAAAACAUACACGCAUUACAGAUUGUUCCCCAGCUGACCCCGUCAGUGAUGGUCGAAAUAGAACGUUUGUUGGCCAACAAGCCUCAGCGUCCACCGAUGGUGUCAACCCUUGCAAUGCGUAACCAACAAAACAACAACACCGUCCGAGUUGACAUGACGGGAGCAACAACGUCAGGCGCUGGAUCUCCGAAGCCCGAGGAGGUGGCGUGCGAAGGUGAAGCCUCCACACCCGCAAAGGAGUCCGGGCGGGCCUUUUGUGAUAUUCAGUGACCGUGGUGGCGCGGAAGCACUGACUCUGCUUCCAAAUCUAAUAAAUCAAAGGAAUCAGUCAAGGAUUCGAAGCCGAAAUACUUUUUGAACAACGCCGGCGAAGUCAUCAAACGUACAGAACAAGACGGUGUAUCGACAGACGUGGUUAUCUCGGUGUCGUCGAUAAAAGGUAAGCAACCAGCGAGUGGUGGGAGUAAAGUGAAGAAGUCCAAAGCGGAACCGGUCCGUCCUAGGUCUGCUUCACUGCAAAGAUCUUCUUCGGGACAAAUAUCAGCAACCCGAGACCGAAGAAGAUCCAGACUAGACCUCUCCUCGCCAGCGGACGUAUAAACUGUUCACUAAUGCAAUCAAAAUAAGGACUAAUUUAUACAAGUUUUAGGGACGAACGAAGAACGCGACAUCAAGUUUUUCGAAUAUCUCUCCCGUUCUCGAUUGUUGUCUGAUCAUAAUCCUUUUCGAGUACCUUAUUUGUAUAUUAGUCCUAUGAAUGGGAUUGUAUCUAGCCUGUAGCCUUGUCAAAUUUAACGUAAUUACAUCGUUUUAAAACCAAACUAAAUAAGAAAACCAAUAUAAACACAUUGGGCAAAACUGGUGAUUGACUUCAAUAUUAUUCAAAAUAAAUGUUAUCAAAAGAACGAAUCAUAAAGUUAAGCUCGUAAUAAUGUUUCGACAAACUUAUUAAAAAACAAUAUGCAUUGACAAGAUAAGCCGAAAGGCUUAGGAAGUUUUAAUUUCGUGAAACAGCAAUCUGAAAGGAUGGCCGUUAUUUUUUUUUAUUUUACAUUUUAUUAUUACAUUUCGGGCACUAGAAGAACAGUCACAAAAAUGUGGUUGGUGCAAGAUAUCGCGAACAUUAACCACUGUCUUCGUUUUUGGAGACGAAUUUUUUACCCGACUUCCGAAGGAAGGUAAUGUUUAUCUAGCCAAUGAUUUUUAAGUCUUUGGCACGCUCUUUAGCUUAAACUUUCUGAUUUUAAUUUAUGAGGUGUUAUUGAAUUCGUCUCAACUGUGAAAGUGAGAAAGGGUGCGAACUUAAGGUCCGCGAAAAAAAAGAGUAAUAAUAACAUUAUCUCAAAUAUACCAAAUAAUUAAAACUCUGAAAUAAAAUUAAAUAUUAAAUACAACAACAAAUAACUUCAGACCGGAACAACCAAAGAAAUAAGAUACACAAAUUUUUGAGUAUAAUUUAAACGUCCCCUUACUCUUAAUACACGUUGUAUAUUAUGUUUAUCAUAUACGUAUUUUCACAUUUUAGUUGACGUUUUUAAUGCAUAUAAAAUAUGGUUUUAUUUUUUAGUUUCUUGUACUAUGACAACCAAAAUGGCAAAAAACAAUCCUAUUCCGAUUUUGAUCGCAUUUAGUACAUAAGUCGAUUAAGCUACGUGGAAUUACUUACAUAUCUUCAAUCAGAGUGAUAUUUAUUCGCAAUGGGAGCUUAAAAGACCUCGGCGAAUAAAAAUAUAUUUUUGUAUGAGAUUCCAAGAAAUUUAAUCUUCUACAACUGUCAAGUGACUUGAGAAGUGAAAUUCCAUCUGCUGAAAUGUUUUGACACUGAUGUUAUCAUUACAUAAAACAGACACGGACACUAAAUAAUAAUUAUACUUCAUAAUGAUACCCACGUUAUUAUUGUGGCUAACUUAUUGAAGUGCUAUAUAGUUUUGGGCUAAGCUUUUAAAUGAUUUAAUAUAAAUUUCAAGUCCUCGAACAUUUUUCAUGUAGCGAAGUAAUAUUAAAAAUAAACAGUAUUUAUAAAAUACAAGUUGUGCAAAACACUUAAAGUGAUUUAUAACGUCUGUGAUUAAUAAAAGUGAAUCGGAAGGUAUUCUUAUGAAUAUUGUUGAAAUGCAUCUCUCCAAACCUCUAUAAUAAUGUAGAAUCAAUUAAUAACACAAUAAAUGUUGAAUUAGAGCAUAGCAAGAAAUUUUAUUCUAUAAUAUGAAUUACUAUUAAUUAGUUGUUCGCAAAUGAGUAUUUUAUUCACGCGUUGUAGACAAUGUAUUGUGUAGAAGUAUAAUAAUUAUUAGGAAAUCUUAGAGAUCGCUGUCUCCUAACGGUCAAUACGUAGAUGGAAAAAUAUUCACGUAGUAACUGUAGAUAGUUUGGUCCUUUAUUGUCAUACUAUUACAAAAGAAAUGAUAAUAAUAAGUUUUAAAUUAAAUGGAAGAAUUAGGUAGGUAGGUAGGUAAAGGUAUGCAUCGUACGAUUCUGUAGAAUGAUUCCUUUGAUAUAUUUGACUGAUGAAGCUAGUCAACUACUAAUUUAAUCUAUAAAUCUUUUCCUCUCUUAAUGAUAACGCUUCGAACUAUCUGCAUUUCUCUUUAUAAAUAAAUACCUCUCUGGCUUAAACAUAAUUGUUUAAUAUUCCUUCCAAAUGUGACGAUGACACAUAAUAUUCACAACUUACAAUUCCUAUGAGUAUAUUUAAAUUCGUUUCGUUACUUAAACUUUCAUAGUUAGAAAUUUCUAUGUUCCCUACACUCCCAUCUAUGCUAAAAAUUUCGUCACAGUCAAUGAAAAUAUCGGUACAUUAAAAAGACACUUCAUAAGAUUCUUUAAGUCCCCGUCCCCGCUCUCGACGUUAACAGGCAAUGAAUCUGAUUGUUUUCGACCUCGUACGAUCUGUACCUUACGGAUAUUCUAAUUGUCUAAAAAUAUCCUCUCAAUUGAACUAUAGCGUGUACAUAUUUGUAUGUAUAUAACUCUACAUCUAACGCUUUACCCUGAUUUUUGUGUAGAUUUUUGUUCUUUCCUCGUUGGUGUUGUAACUACCUUUUUAAAAUAUUUAUAAUUACAAAAUCAAAAACACAAUUGAAAUUUUAAAUCGUGUACCUUCAUCUUUACCGUCAAGAAUUAUAUAUGUACCUGGUAGAACUGUUUUAAAUGAAAAAUAUUAAUCAAUGUUUACACUAGUGAUACUUUGUCAAAAUAGAAACUUAAAUAAUUAUUAUAUAAAUGUUGUCGAAAGUAAAAUAUGAGUCUUAGACUCUUCAUAUUGUUAUAUUUUUAAAUGAAAAGUUUAACUUACUAGCAUUAAAUGUCGAAUUGAAUUCCCAGUACCUGCAAUAAAUUAAAAAGCACGCUAUUUUAAUAUAAAAUAUUUAAAUUUAUUAAUAUUUACUAGAGAAAAAGAUGCAAAUGAAUGUCUAGAUUGAAAUCAAUAACUGAAUUGAAAUAUUUGUGCUGCAUAAUGGAAAUGAAUUAGAAAUAUUUUUUCACUUGUAUGAGCACAGCUAAUUGUGAUAUUUAUAAGUAUGUUUAAGCCAGAAAUUGUAAUGUUAUAAAACUAGUGUUUAUUCAUCAAAAAAUCGAAAUAAAAUAUUAUAAAGUU